GGCGAGCCGGCCGGCCCCGCGCUCUUGCCGCGCGCCCGGCCGGACCCCCCGCGCCCCGAGCAUGGGCGGCGGCGACGCGGGCGCGCCCGGACGGUCGGGCCGGCCGAGAAGCCCCCUAGGCGGCCGGGAGGAGGAGGAGGAGGAGGCGGCGGCGGCGAAGGCGCGGCCCCGGCGGCUGCCGCUGCUCCUGCUGCUGCUGCUGCUGGGCUGCCUGGGCCGCGGCGCCGCGGCGGAGGACGCGCAAGUCAACGCCGAGAACUGGCUGCGCCUCUACGGUUACUUGCCCCAGCCCAGUCGCCACAUGUCCACCCUGCGCUCCGCCCAGAUCCUGGCCUCCGCCCUGGCUGAGAUGCAGCGCUUCUAUGGCAUCCCCGUCACAGGUGUCCUGGACAAAGAGACCAAGGCGUGGAUGAAGCGGCCUCGCUGUGGGGUGCCAGACCAGUUUGGGGUGCGUGUGAAGGCUAAUUUGCGGCGGCGGCGGAAGCGCUACGCCCUCACCGGGAGGAAGUGGAACAGCCAUCACCUGACCUUCAGCAUCCAGAACUACACGGAGAAGCUGGGCUGGUACCACUCCCUGGAGGCAGUGCGCAGGGCCUUCCGGGUGUGGGAGCAGGCCACGCCGCUGGUCUUCCAGGAGGUGCCCUACGAGGACAUCCGGCUGCGGCGGCAGAAGGAGGCUGACAUCAUGGUGCUCUUCGCCUCUGGCUUCCACGGGGACAGCUCCCCCUUCGAUGGCAUGGGGGGCUUCCUGGCCCACGCCUAUUUCCCCGGCCCGGGCCUGGGUGGGGACACCCAUUUCGACGCUGAUGAGCCCUGGACCUUCUCCAGCACAGACCUGCAUGGGAACAGCCUCUUCCUGGUGGCUGUGCACGAGCUGGGCCAUGCACUGGGGCUGGAGCACUCUAGCAACCCCAGUGCCAUCAUGGCACCCUUCUACCAGUGGAUGGACACCGACAGCUUCCAGCUGCCUGAGGACGACCUGCGGGGCAUCCAGCAGCUCUACGGCACCCCAGAUGGUCGACCACAGCCCACCCGGCCUCUCCCCACGGUGACACCCGGGCGGCCAGGACGACCAGACCAUCGGCCUCCCAGGCCCCCGCAGUCGCGACCCCCCAAGCCAGGACCCCCAGCUCAACCUCGUGCCACUGACCGCCCCGACCAGUAUGGUCCCAACAUCUGUGAUGGGAACUUCGACACAGUGGCGGUGCUUAGAGGGGAGAUGUUUGUGUUCAAGGGCCGCUGGUUCUGGCGCGUCCGGCACAACCGGGUCCUGGACAACUACCCCAUGCCCAUCGGGCACUUCUGGCGUGGACUGCCCAGUGACAUCAGUGCCGCCUAUGAGCGCCAGGAUGGGCGCUUCGUCUUCUUCAAAGGUGAUCGCUACUGGCUCUUCCGGGAAGCAAACCUGGAGCCGGGUUACCCGCAGCCUCUGACCAGCUACGGUCUGGGCAUCCCCUACGACCGCAUCGACACGGCCAUCUGGUGGGAGCCCACGGGCCACACCUUCUUCUUCCAGCAGGACAGGUACUGGCGCUUCAAUGAGGAGACGCAGCGUGGGGACCCCGGCUACCCCAAGCCCAUCAGCAUCUGGCAGGGCGUCCCCGUCUCCCCCAAAGGGGCCUUCCUGAGCAACGACGCAGCCUACACCUACUUCUACAAGGGCACCAAGUACUGGAAGUUCGACAACGAGCGCCUGCGGAUAGAGCCCGGCUACCCCAAGUCCAUCCUGCGGGACUUAAUGGGCUGCCAAGAGCACGGGGAGCCGGGAUCCCGCUGGCCCGACGUGGCCCGGCCGCCCUUCAACCCCGACGUGGGUGCCGAGCCCGGGGCGGGCCGGGAGGAGGAGGAGGCAGAGGAGGAAGAGGAGGAGGAGGACAGCGCCCGGCCCCGGGGACCCGACGGCGGGGCCGGGGACGGCGGCAGCCGCGUGGUGGUGCAGAUGGAGGAGGUGACGCGGACGGUGAACAUGGUGCUGGUGCUGGUGCCGCCGCUGCUGCUGCUGCUGUGCGUGCUGGGUCUCACCUACGCACUCGUGCAGCUGCAGCGCAAGGGCGCCCCGCGCAUGCUCCUCUACUGCAAGCGCUCGCUGCAGGAGUGGGUCUGAGCCCGGGCACGGUGCUAGGGGCGUCCGGGCCACGCCCGGGCGUGGUGCUGCAGAGAGGGGGUACCCCGGCGGCGGCUGCUGCUGCUGGGGCCCCGCUGCUCUGAGAAUUGCCCAGUGCCGAGCAAGCACGUGGCUGGUGGGUAGAGCUUCAGCCGCCCCCUACCCCCGCCUCCGCCCCGCCGGCGUGCCCCCUUUUUUAUUUAUGCCCGGAUUACUCUUCCUUGGUGGGCGCCUAGCUCACUAACUGCAUUUGUUUCCCCCUCCCGCAGCAGCCUAGAGCAGGGAGGGGGCUCGGGCUUUGUAAUUGGGGGGCUGGGGGGUCACAGCCCUGCCGGGGGCAAAGUGGGCCCCCCUUUCCCAUGGGGUGGUUGGGGUUCCGCCCAGCCCACCCUCUGUGGCCGGAAGCUUCUGGUUGUGGGAACUGCUGGGCCCGAAGGGGGGGUCCGCAGCCCCCAGUCUCUGCCUUAGGAAGCAGUAGGGUCUUUCCUUCUGCCCCAAGCCAGCCCCAGUGGGAGGUGGCCGUGAUGCCGAGUGUCCCCCGUGAGGUUGGCCUCCUUCCCGGCCCACCCCUGACCACACCAGUUCACUCAGCUGCUGCUGUCCCAGGGCCCACACUGCUCUGGGCUUGCCGAGGGGCCAGCAUCCCCCAGCCCCCAUGUCCCAUCCCUGCCACCCGCCCCCCAUCCCCGAGCCCACACUCCUUCCCUCUGGAGAAGGGGCCCUAGGCCUGCCUUACCAAGGACCAAAGGGGUCUGCCAAGGCCCCUCCCUGUCGGGGAGCCCUGGGCCACCCCCAGCUACUUCCCAGCCCCUUCCACCCACUCUUCUCUCCCUGUUGCCACACCUGCCCUCUCCCUGCCUCCCUUUUGCCCCCUGGUACCCAUGCCACUGUCCUCAGGGGUCUCAGGAACCCCCCACCCCGGUGUGCCAGUGCCCCCGCCGCCCUCCAGGAAGAGGGACUGCUAAGUCCGGGGUUGCCUGCUUGCAGCCCCUGUGCUGGAAGAUGGGGAGAGGCCAGCUGCCCAGUUCCAUGCUGCCUGCUGUGUGCUGGUGACCCCAGAGACCGCUGGCCUGAGAGAUGCUCCCCACCCCCCAGCCCAGAGAGAACGGGGGUGCGGCUGUGGCGGGAACAGGGAACAGUACUGUCCUUGGACCUAGUCCUGUCCCCGGAGCUCCCUUGCCCUCCGAGCCGGGGCACCCGGGUUCCCCACAUAGGUCUCGCCUGUAAAUAACCUGCGUUGAUUAAACUGGUGGCUGGCGUGGCCUCCUUUGUCAGAGGCCUUGCGCUGUGGGGGCUGCGGCCUGGGGGGUGGGGGCCCCUUCCUUCCCCAGGGCCUGUGGACGGGACACCCUGGGCA